AGCAGAAGGAGGUGAAUGGAGAAGAUUGAGAGGGAGAAUAUGAAGAAACAGCAGGUGGCGCUAGUGCACUGUUUUAGUUUGGGAUCUGCUGUUAGAAGGAAGAAGAAGGAGAAAGCAGAUGAAGUCGUGUCAGGUGACAAACAUCAAUCGUGAAGAUCGCACAGGUGUUUAACAGCGAUCACAAACCGAAAGUGUUUAAAAGACUUCUGGAUUCUGUUCCUGCAGCACAAGAUCGUCUGAACUACUGUAAGUCAUGAUGAGCAUCUGAUUGUCUUCAGAGACACAAAGAUCUCAGUGUUGAGCUGUUCAUCUGCAGUAUGUCAGAGAAGAGAGGAAAGAAGAGUCUCUUACAGAAACUGAGUGUAAGAUCAGGAUCACAUGUGUCCAGCUCUGUGUCUGUGAAGAGUGACCGGUCAAAGGAUGAUCCACCGGGAUUCAGUGAGGAAACACCAUCAGCUACUGAAAGUGUGAGAUCAGGAUCACAUGUGUCCAGCUCUGUGUCUGUGAAGAGUGACCAGUCAAAACAUGAACCACCGUUAUUCAGUGAAGAAACACCAUCAGGUACUGAAAGGCUGCAAUAUGAGACAUUAGAUUCAGACUUCCAGAUUAACAGAAACCACAAGAAUUUCUCAGACAAACUCCUAGGAAUCUUCCAGGAUCUUGAGAAGAAAAUAAUUAAUUUUCUAAAAAAUGAGCUGGAAAGGUUUAAGAAAAUAUUACAAAAAGAGGACAUGCAAUACUUUGUGGAGGACUUUAAUGAGAACAGAUGCAGUAUGAAAGAAGCAGCUCUAGAUCUCACGCUCUACUUCCUGAGAGAGAUGAAGCAAGAUGAAGCUGCUGAUACUCUAGAAGAUGAGCUGUUCUUCAUUCAUCAGCUAAAGUGUAGCCUAAAGAAGAAGUAUCAAUGUGUGUUUGAAGGAAUUGCAAAGCAAGGUGACUCUACACUUCUGAAGAACAUCUACACAGAUCUCUAUAUCACUCAGGGUUGUAGUGAACAGGUCAAUACUGAACAUGAGGUGAGACAGAUUGAAGUUGCUUCCAGAUGUCAUGAAUCACAGGAGAUACAGGUUGAGUGCAAAAAUGUGUUUGAAGCACCUGAACAAGACAAACAGAUCAGAACUGUACUGACAAAAGGAGUUGCUGGAAUCGGAAAAUCAGUCUCUGUGCAGAAGUUUGUUCUGGAUUGGGCCGAAGGAAAAGAAAAUCAAGAUAUCAGCUUCAUAUUUCCUCUUCCAUUUAGAGAGAUGAACUUAAAGGAGCAAGAAAAACUAAGUUUGAUGGACCUUAUAACUCAGUUUUUCCCAGAGACAAAAGGACUGAACCUUACAAGAAGAAAUCAAUUCAAAGUCUUGUUCAUUCUUGAUGGAUUGGAUGAAUGCCAUCUUCCUCUAAACUUUAAGGAUAAUGAGACAUGGCGUGACGUCUCAUCAGCAGCCUCUCUGGAUGUUCUCCUGACGAACCUCCUCAAGGGAAGUCUGCUUCCUUCUGCUCUCAUCUGGAUCGCCACCAGACCAGCAGCUGCCAGUAAGAUUCCUCCUGACUGUAUCGACCGGCUGACAGAGAUACGAGGAUUCAAUGAUGCACAAAAGGAGGAGUACUUCAGAAAAAGAUUCACGGAUGAGAAUCUGGCCAAAGAAAUCAUUGAUCAUGUUAAACAAUCAAAGAGUCUCUUUAUCAUGUGUCACAUCCCAGUCUUCUGCUGGAUUUCAGCCACUGUUCUCCAGAACAUUUUAGAGGAGAAAAGAAAUAAUGUUGUGAAAAACAAUCAGGCUGAUGAUGCCUCCAAAACACUGCAGGAGUCAAAUACUGAAGACACUCCUAAGACUCUGACACAAAUGUACACACACUUCCUCAGAUUUCAGAUCCAGCAGAGCAGACGAAAGUAUGAUGGAGAACAUACACCAGAUGUUUCCUGGGAUAAAGAUGCCAUCUUUUCACUGGGGAAACUGGCAUUUGAUCAGCUGGAAAGAAACAAUGUGAUCUUCUAUGACACAGAUCUGGAAGCCUGUGGUAUUGACGUCUAUAAGGCAUCAGUGUACUCAGGCAUGUGUACCCAGAUCUUUAAGGAGGAAACAGGGAUCGUUCUUGGUACCAUGUACUGCUUCGUUCACUUGAGCAUUCAAGAGUUUAUUGCAGCUCUUUAUGCACAUCUGUUUCUAGACAUAAAGAAGAAAAGUAUAUUUGUUCAUGAGUCUACAGAACAGGAAAACAAAAGUGAAACCAUGAUUGAUUUGCUCAAGACUGCAGUGGACAAGGCACUAGAGAGUGAUAAUGGACACCUGGAUCUUUUUCUUCGCUUCCUCCUUGGUUUGUCACUCCAGUCCAAUCAGAGACUCUUACAGGGUCUUUUGACACAGAAAAAUAGAAAUGACCAGAGCAAAAAGGAAAUAGUUCAGUACAUCAAGCAGAAAUUAGAAUCUAAUCUGUCUCCAGAGAGAUCCAUCAAUCUGUUCUACUGUCUGAAUGAACUGAACGACCAAACUCUGGUGAAAGACAUUCAGACCCACCUUAGCAAAGGAAGUCUCUCAUCUGCUGAUCUUUCACCUGCCCAGUGGUCUGCUUUGGUCUUUGUGUUGUUGACAUCAGAGGAGGAGCUGGAGGAGUUUGAGCUUCAGAAAUUCAAGAAAUCAGACGAGUGUCUCAUUAGAUUAUCAGCAGUCAUCAAAACCUCCAAAAGAGCUCUGUAA